AUGUUCGUGUGCAUGUGUAAAUAUCCGGGGCUCGUGGGCAACGACCACAUGAUGGGUUCGUGCGAAGUCGUACGUCUGUGCAACGGUAACGUUAAAGACUUGAAUAAACCCAUGAACGAGCUGGAGUGCAACUGUUCGAUUCACGAGGAAUCGUUCCGGUACAACGGCAUAGUGCCGGUUUGCAGGUCGUUGACGGUGCUGGAAGCGAACAGAAAAUACGAAGACUGGCAGCACCUAGUGCCGUGGGUCUCCGACGACCUUUUGCCGAAGCAGACGUUCAACGCGACGGUGCAGAACAAUAUGAACUGUUCUAGGCUUUUGAACCCGUGUUCUCACGAUCUGCGCGACACGACGCUGCGGUUGAAAAAGGCGAAAUACGAUUCGGCGUACAACACGUGCAUCUUCGAAGACGGGGGCGUGCCGGUGCGCACCGGCGUGUUUAAACGCCACGAAGGCGCCGUGGGUCCCGAAAACGGUCGAUUCGACACGAUAGACGGGGCUCUGUACAGCGGUAAAUAUUCAAAAAUAUGCAUACUCGACAGAGUGGUGGAAAAAAGACAAAUGGGCGCUAUAACUACGACUUUCGACGUGUCGUUGACGCCCACAGACGAUCCAAAGACGACGCUGACCGUAGCGCUGCCCGAAAACACCAGCGUCGGUUCACCCGGACAGGUGCGCCGUGCGCAUGACUAA